AUGGAUAUGGAUAGGGAUAAGGAUAGGGAUAUGGAUAGGGAUAGGGAUAUGGAUAGGGAUAGGGAUAGGGAUAGGGAUAUGGAUAUGGAUAUGGAUAUGGAUAUGGAUAUGGAUAUGGAUAGGGAUAAGGAUAGGGAUACGGAUAAGGAUAGGGAUAUUACUCUCAAUCUUGAGGCUGGCCUGAGGCUUCUGGUCCGACUUCACCUCAACUUUCCGGCCGCCUAG